AUGCCAUCAUACCUUAGGCAAUUAUUUGCUAUAUUUCUGUUAUCCAAUUUGAUGACUCGGCCAGAAUAUGUUUGGCAAUCAACAUGGCAAUUAUUAUCAGAAGAUAUCCUCCAUGAAGAAAGAGUGUUGUUGACUAAUCCAGAGCUAACAGAUGAUGAAUUGAAAAAUCGUUGUUUGCAGAAGUUGGAAAAAGUUUUGAAAAGUUGUGGAAGAAGUUUUCAGGAUUUUCCAACAAUGCCAGGACCUCUUUACAAUGAGGAAGAAGUUGACCAUAGCAAUAGAUUAAUCCAUGAUGAAUUGUGUUAUAAUCGUCGUUCUCUGUUAGAGGAACAUCAACAAUUAUUAAUGAAUUUGACAGCUGAACAAAAGUCGGCUUACGACAAAAUUAUGAGGGCAGUGAAUGAAGCCAAAGGGGACAUUGUGUUAACUAUUGCAUCAAGUGGCAUUGCAUCUCUUUUGUUACCAGGUGGUAGAACAACUCAUUCGAGAUUUGCAAUUCCUCUCAAUCCAACUGAAGAUUCAACAUGCAAUAUAAAGCAAGCUCUUGAUCAAACUCUUAGAGAUAUCUUAGAUUUAAAGACACAUCCAGUGCUGAUAAACCUUUUGGAGGUAAAACAGUUAUUCUUGGUGGCGACUUCAGACAUAUUUUGCUUGUUAUUGCAAAAGGAUCUAUGCAAGAUAUUGUUAACGAUUGGGAGUUCCAUUGAUGGCAUUGAGAAGGUCCAAAUCCCCGAUGAUCUUCUCAUAAGUAAUUGUGAUGAUCCAAUAUCAGCAAUUGUUGAAAGUACAUAUCCAGAUUUCUUUAGCCAUUCCAGUGGCAUAGAUUACCUCCAACAAAGAGAAAUUCUUGCUCUGAUUCUUGAUAUGGAGGAAUCAAUCAAUGAAUAUAUGGUUUCACUCAAUCAUAGUCCUGAGAAGACAUAUUUGAGUUCUGAUACCGUUUGUAUGUCUGACCAUUCUUUUUCAGCUUUGGAGCACGUACAUACACCGGAAUUCCUAAAUAGUAUUAAAUGUUCUGUAAUUCCAAAUCACUCUAAUACUUUGAAGGUUGGUGUUCUUGUGAUGUUGCUGAGAAAUAUAGACCGGUCAUCAGGAUUGUGUAAUGGCACGAGGUUGAUCAUCACAAGACUUGAAAAUCGGAUUAUUGAAGCCAAGGUUUUAUCUGGUAAUAUGGCUGGACAAAAAGUGUUUAUCCCGAGAAUGACAUUGACACCAUCAGAUGCAAGAAUACCUUUUAACUUACAGCGAAGACAAUUUCCAAUUGUUGUAUCUUUUGCCAUGACAAUUAUUAAAAGUCAAGGCCAGUCAUUGUCUCACGUGGAGUAA